GAGAACGCUGAUUCACAAGCCUCCAAGGAUCGCAUGCACUUUUUGCUGGUAAAAGCUCUUGCUGGUAAAAAGCUCUAGCUGGAGCUUUGAGGCGUUGCAGCUACGUGUGGCAGCAAGUCCAAGCUAAGCUGUAUAUGGACGGCAGGGUGGGGCCAAUACUCUGUGAGCUAAUUUAGCGAAGGUGCUGAUUUGAAUUAAAAUCUAGCCAUUGAGAUGGGGGCAUCCAGUAGACUCGGAUUAAAGUUUGGGUGCAGUUGUUUGAGUAUUCUGAACAGAAGGACAGCAAGUAUAGGGGCUGCUUUCUCCCAGCUCGAAGUGACAACAGCUGCAGCGGUAAAACCUUUUGUUGGCGUGGUGGAGGGUAUUUCAAAGGAUCAAACAUCUUUCACAAACCAGCAAUUGGGUUUGAAUUCUGAGCUGCCCUGCAGUCCAGCAGUUGUGGUUUGCUCUGUCAGUAGCACCAUAGAACCAGCAAGCAGAAGGGGGCAUGGUUUUCGGUGGCCCUUAGGGUUGGCCCUUCUUGCUCCAACGCUCGCGGCAACUGAAUUGACGGCGCGCGCUGCGGAUGAAGAUGAUGCAUUCGAUGACCUUGAGCAAGUUGAGGAGUUGGAUAUGGAAGAUGCAGCACUUGAGUGGGGGUGGACGAGCGGUCUGAUAGUGACAGCUCGAUCUCGGAUAUGGAAGGCGAUGACCCUGUCGAUGAAAGUCCAGAUCAAACAAAGGUGAUCCUGACCAAGUUAGCUGCGGUGCGCUCGGAUGCAACAAGAAGACUUUAUCGUGUAAACACAAGAGACUAUCAGCGCUUCUGGGAAAGGAAACAUCUGCUGAAAGCUGGGACGACAGUGCCCCGUGCAGCCGUCACCAAAGCAGGGGUUGGAAAGUUUAUGGUGGCAAAGCGCAAGCGGUCACACUCUUGGCUGAACAACCAUUUGAAAGCGUUCCAGUGGGUUUUUAGAGCAUACAAGCGGUCAGCAGAUGCCACAGUCCCGGACCUGCGAAGACUGGCGGUCGUUGAAGAUACUAUGAAGUUUGCAAAAGAGAAGAGCGCGAAUCGUGCAAAAGAUGAGUAUGAGGACCGCCAGAAAGGGUUAAGUGCAGGUUACAGCCCGCAGGAGUAUUGUCAGAUCAGCGAGUACUGGUUGAACAUGCUCAGGAAAGGCCACAGAGGGGAUGCCAAGGAGCCACCUCCCUUCACAGCCCUCCAGCUAAGGGCGGACUUCCUCUGGUUGAAUACUGCUCUAGGACGUGGCCAAGAUGCCUACAAUCGGCAGCUACCUGACCAAUUCGUGUACAACAUGCCAUACGUGGGCCCGGAUCAAGCGGACGUCUUUGCUACGGUCACCAGAAACGGCAAGACUAACAAGAAUGCAAGGGCGGAGUUCAUCGGCGCUCUUCGGAACCGCAACGUCAUGAUCUGCUGCGUUGGGGCGGAGGCCAUGCGAACAAUCUGGCGUUUCCACAUUGACACGGAUGCCAACACUUCUUGCCCCGAUUUCAGCACCAAGCAAGGCUGGUAUGACACGCCCGUUGCCCCAGGGCGAGCCACAAAGAAAAACCCGCAUGGCCACUUGACGUACAACACCUACUACAAGUACUUCCGAAGUGCCUUUGAAGCAAACAACAUCUCUUCGGACAAGGUCGUGCAUGCUGGACGUGGGCACGGUACGCGGGCGGCAGCUGCAGCAGGAGCGGACCCCCGAGAGCUCCAGUCGCUCGGCCGAUGGACCUACGCCAACUUCGACAUGUCCUAUCUCACCAGCCUACUCCCGAAGGCGUUGGUCAUUCAGGCCGGGGUCAACAAGGACGACACUAGAGGCCGACCUCUACUCAAAUCCUACAUCGUACCGCGGGGUCGGGUACAGCCUCCGGACGACCUGAUCCAGUUGUUGCUGCCGUGGUUGGACGCUGCGUUGGCCGCAAUCAAAGAGAGGAACGUAAGGGGCCGAGCGUCUGACCGAGACCUUGCGGCGGAGGGCGUUCUGCUCCGUUGGAGGAAGGAGCGCGUCAUCUUCCUACAAGACGCCGCCGCGCUCUGGAGCGCCUACCAGGACCUGACACUCUAUCAACUCCCUGUUUUCAAGCACCCGAAGUGGGAGCCGUUCCGCCAAGAAGUCCUGGCGAUGUGCGAGCGGUACAAGGACCUGGCGGUGGACGAGGUGGACAACUCAAACUUGCCGGCCGAGGUUGCCACAGCGUUGAUGGCCCUCGAGGAGCGCAUCAUCGCGCUUCACGACCAACUUGCAGAGGUUCGCGCACAGGAGAGCGCCGGGUCGCGAGAACGAGAAG